GUACAUGAACGUGCAUUGCAUGAGCUUAAUUAUAUGCACAAAACAUAUAAUCAAAAUUAUAAACCAUUGUUUUGCUCUAAAAAGUAUUCGAGAAGGCUGCUAAGACAAAAGUUAGUCCAUACUAAUCUUUGUACGUGUCGAUGACUUAAACUCCACGUGGCAGUAUCGCAGAAGCUCUCUCGAGAGACAAAACAAGACCCUACGAAGGCUCUUUGUCUGAAUAUAAUCCUCUGUCUCUAGUUCUUCAUCCUCCGUCCAUCUCUACCGCCGCUUCCUCCUCCUCAUCGGAAUCUCUCGUCAUUAUGCCGAGAAGCCUCUCAAUCUCUUCACUUCUCCGUCCAACGAUUCUCUCUUCGGUUACUAUCAUCGGAAUCACUCACACUGUCGCCAUCAUCCUCGCCAACUGAUUGCCAAAGCUCGGUGAUUUGAUUUGUUCUGAGAAUUGAGUUCCGAUUUUAUAAUUUGACGUUUGGUAAAUUCUGUUACUGUGAGAUGGCUGCUUUGAAAGGUUACGGCUUGUGUUCUAUGGACUCUUUUAUGCACUUCCCCUGUCCAAAGCCAUUCCAGGCCUACAAGAGAAAGAGCUCGAAAUGGAUCUCUCCAAAAGCAGCUGUGUUACCCAACUUCCACCUCCCUAUGCGCAGCUUAGAGGUCAAAAACAGGACCAACACAGAUGACAUCAAAGCCCUACGACUCAUAACAGCCAUCAAAACGCCUUACCUCCCCGACGGGAGAUUCGACCUAGAAGCCUACGACGACCUCAUCAACAUCCAGAUCCAAAACGGCGCGGAAGGCGUCAUCGUCGUCGGCACGACCGGCGAAGGCCAGCUCAUGAGCUGGGACGAGCACAUCAUGCUCAUAGGCCACACCGUCAACUGCUUCGGCGCAAGCAUCAAAGUCAUCGGCAACACCGGAAGCAACUCCACCAGAGAAGCCAUCCACGCCACCGAGCAGGGGUUCGCCGUCGGGAUGCACGCCGCCCUCCACAUCAACCCUUACUACGGCAAAACAUCUAUCGACGGUAUGAUCGCCCAUUUUCAGUCCGUUCUCCAUAUGGGGCCCACGAUUAUCUACAACGUCCCCGGCCGCACGGGGCAGGACAUUCCGCCACGUGUCGUUUUCGAGCUUUCUAGGAGUUCUAAUUUAGCUGGCGUGAAGGAGUGCGUCGGGAACGAGAGGGUCGAGGAGUAUACGGAGAAUGGGGUUUCUGUGUGGAGCGGGAACGAUGACGAGUGUCAUGACUCGAGGUGGGACUAUGGAGCGACGGGGGUUAUAUCGGUUACGAGUAACUUGGUUCCUGGUUUGAUGAGGAAGCUGGUGUUUGAAGGGAAGAACUCGGAGUUGAACGAGAAGCUAAGGCCGUUGAUGGGGUGGCUGUUCCGGGAGCCGAACCCGAUUGGGCUCAACACUGCUUUGGCCCAGCUCGGUGUGGCGAGGCCCGUUUUCAGGUUGCCGUAUGUUCCGUUGCCUUUGGCUAAGAGGGUUGAGUUUGUGAGGAUGGUGGAGGAGAUUGGGAGGGAGCAUUUUGUUGGUGAGAGGGAUGUCCAGGCUCUUGAUGAUGAUGACUUUAUCCUUAUCGGUCGAUAUUAGCAUAUACUACUUUCUUGAAUCUUUUGGUUAAUUUGUUUGGUAAUAAUGAAGAAGGAAGAGAUGGUUUUUAUACUUUUUGGUUUAUGUAGCUGAUGAAUGAAAACUCAUUCAUAUGUUAUGGUCUUGUUUUGGUGUAACAUCCCGAGUUGUGAUAUGUGAAAAGGUGAGUUGUGAUAUGUGAAAAGG